AGCGCGGGCAGAGCUUGGGCCCGGCGGCAGCACUCGCGGAGCGGCGGUGGCGGCAGCGGGCAGCAGGCAUGACCAUGGCAGCGGCGGCGGUGGCCCGCGGGGCCAGAGCGAGGGCGGCGGCGGCUCUCCGGGGCGGCUGCGGAACCGCGGCCCGAGGGAGGCCGUGUGCGGGCCCCGCUCGGCCCUUGUGCACCGCACCCGGGACCGCCCCGGACAUGAAGGGCUACCUGUGGGAGCGCUACCGGGAGGCGAAGAGAAGCACAGACGAAUUGGUUCCUUCCAUUAUGAGCAACUUGUUGAAUCCAGAUGCCAUUUUCUCAAACAAUGAAAUGAGCCUGUCGGACAUCGAAAUCUAUGGCUUCGAUUAUGAUUACACCUUGGUGUUUUAUUCAAAGCACCUCCACACGCUGAUAUUUAAUGCUGCGCGGGACCUUCUCAUCAAUGAACACCGGUAUCCAGCAGAAAUCCGGAAGUAUGAGUACGACCCAAAUUUUGCAAUCCGUGGACUUCAUUAUGAUGUUCAGCGGGCAGUAUUAAUGAAGAUUGAUGCUUUUCAUUACAUCCAGCUGGGAACUGUCUACAGAGGCCUCAGUGUUGUCCCUGAUGAAGAAGUCAUUGAAAUGUACGAGGGGUCCCAUGUGCCCUUGGAGCAGAUGAGCGACUUUUACGGAAAGAGCUCUCAUGGAAACACGAUGAAGCAGUUCAUGGACAUCUUCUCCCUGCCCGAGAUGACCCUUCUGUCCUGUGUGAAUGAAUACUUCCUCAAGAACAACAUUGAUUACGAGCCUGUGCAUCUGUACAAAGAUGUCAAGGAUUCAAUUCGAGAUGUCCACAUCAAAGGAAUAAUGUACAGAGCAAUUGAAGCAGACAUUGAAAAGUACAUCUGCUAUGCUGAGCAGACCCGCGCAGUGUUGGCCAAACUGGCUGAUCAUGGCAAGAAGAUGUUUCUCAUCACCAAUAGCCCCAGUAGCUUUGUGGACAAAGGGAUGAGGUAUAUCGUUGGGAAAGACUGGAGGGACCUGUUCGAUGUGGUCAUUGUUCAGGCUGAGAAGCCAAACUUCUUUAAUGACAAACGGAGGCCUUUCCGAAAGAUGAAUGAGAAAGGUGUCUUACUCUGGGAUAAAAUUCACAAGUUGCAGAAAGGCCAGAUUUAUAAGCAGGGUAAUUUAUAUGAGUUUUUGAAGCUUACUGGAUGGAGAGGAUCCAGAGUGUUGUAUUUUGGUGACCAUAUAUACAGUGACUUGGCGGAUUUGACCCUAAAGCACGGCUGGAGGACUGGUGCAAUCAUCCCAGAGUUGAGAUCUGAGCUCAGAAUCAUGAACACGGAGCAGUACAUUCAAACCGUGGCCUGGCUGCAGACCUUGACUGGGUUAUUGGAACAGAUGCAGGUUCACAGAGAUGCUGAGUCACAGCUGGUUUUGCAGGAGUGGAAAAAGGAAAGGAAGGAGAUGAGAGAAAUGACCAAGAGCUUCUUCAACGCCCAGUUUGGAAGCCUGUUCCGCACAGACCAGAACCCAACCUACUUCCUGAGGCGCCUGUCGCGCUUCGCUGACAUCUACAUGGCGUCUCUGAGCUGCCUUCUGAACUAUGACGUCAGCCACACUUUCUACCCUCGGAGGACUCCACUGCAGCACGAACUGCCCGCCUGGUCGGAAAGGCCCCCCACCUUCGGAGCCCCUCUCCUGCAGGAGGCCCAGGCCAAGUAGCUGAGGGCUCCCUGGGGCAAAAGCCAGAAACUGACGGCCCCUGAUUGGCAGGCAUGACGGGGUUGAUGCCAUGUGAGUCUGAGUGUUGCUUUUGGAAAAGAUACAGAUAUGCCUUUUGAUAUUUAUUUUGUACCUUAUGGAGAAUAAUUCUCCCAAUGGUUAAGAUGGGAGCUAGCUGCCGACCCCUCUGGCCUUCCCCGCCAUGCAGGGCUGAAAAGCAAGCUUCACAUUGGAACUCUAAUUUCACCUUUUUGUUUACGAAGGUCGUGAAACUGACGUCAGGUUUUCUGGGAUGGGCGAGACCACUGGAUGCCAUCUCUGCAUUCCAGCAGGUCAAGCUUGAAACGCUUCUUGACUCCUCCAUGGAACAUUUCUUGAACAUGUAUGGGCAGUGUAUUGGGGGCUGCAGGGGCACAGUGACGGGCAAAGAUUAGCUGCUUCCAGGAGGCUGAUUUAGUGGGCUCCACAAUGGCAAAAUGCUGCCGUGAGUUGCAGAGAGGCCCCCCCACCUCCAGUGGUGGCCAGUUUCCAAAUCAUUUGAUACUAAGGCUUUGACAUUCUGGUAACCUCUCACCAAAGAGAAUACACCCUCCCUGGAAGGACUUACAUGAGAAAGAACAAGAGAACUUGCAGCUCCUGGACCUUCUAGUCCUCAGUAUGUGGUUCCUGUGUCCUUCCCAGUAGGGAGGUGGGCAGGAGAGAGGAGAUGAGAGCUCUGGUCAAAAUCGCCUUCUAGCUAGCGGAACAGCCUUCUGGAGAACAAGAUUGCAAGAAAUGAGUGGGUCUGAAGAACCAAAACAUUUGUGGUAGGUCUCCCAGGAGCAUGUAAAACCUGGACACACCACCAGGUUGGCUUCAUGUGUUCAUGGAAAGAAAGAAAAUGAACCAGGAAAAAGCAUCUUUGUAAUGAAGCGCUGUGCCACGGCACCCACUCGGUUGAAUUGGAAUCUUGUUAAAACAUGGAAUUUACCAGAAACAGUCCUUGUCUAGAUGGAAACAAAUGAGAUCCCCGCUUCUCUCUGAGUUAUCCACUGAGAGGUGCUUGGAUUGGCCAGGGGAGAAGGAAGGUGGCCAUCGCAACUUAACCAUCUCCAGCCAUCUCCUCUUAGAUUUCUCUCCUGCGGUGUUUGUGUGGCUAUUUGGGAGUUUGUGCAGGGGUUUUUUUUUUUUUUUUUUUUUUUUUGUCUUUUAGAUGUCUAAGGUGGGAAAGGGCGAAGGACAUUGAAGCCAGGAAAUAGAUAUGACCUAGCUAACUGAGCUUCUCUUACUUCUUUCUAAGGGCAAUGAAAAUGGCAUAUAUUCCUUCUGUUGGAGGGAGGAAUCCUUAAUUGCAUCUGCAUUUGUAGUAUCCUUCAACAUAAAGUGCGUAUUUACUGCACUCCCUGAGUGCUAUGGGAAUGUCUGCUGUUAUUAGUUAUGAUGCUGCUAAUACUAUUUUAAUUGCAUAGGCUGUAUAAAUACUCCUGUUCAGAUUAGUCUGAUCUAGUAUUGCUAACACUCAUUUUAAGCUUUUGCGGCAACGUGCAUAUAUUCUUAAAUCUAAAGGAUGACAGGAACAUGAGGGGAGCUUGUGGAGAAUGCUUGCUUAUUCAACAUUUUUAUUG